CCCUGAUGGUUCUGGCAGGUGACAAGAGGCCCCACUCCGACAAGCCCCGUCCACCUAGGGGACAAGGGCCCGCCUGUUAAGCCCUGCCCACCCAGGUGGCAGCGACUCCGCGUUUUCAAGCCAAGACCAUAACCCGCGCUUGSCGCCGAUCACACUCCGCCCGGUCCUCAGGGCGACGCCAUCUUUGAACCGGGCACAGCCGCGGGCGGCGCCGGGUGGAGCGAGCGUUCCCACCCGGAUUUUUUCAACCGCGCUGGGAGGGCUGCCAUGAGCGAGGUCUUCCGCCUGUCUCUACGACCACGCAGCCGCCGAUCCCUCAAGGAGAGAGCAAGAGCAUCUUGAGGGAUGCCCAAGAAGUUCCAGGGGGAAAAUACCAAAUCGGCCGCGGCCCGAGCAAGGAAAGCCGAGGCCAAGGCGGCGGCCGAUGCCCGGAGGCAGCAGGAACUGGAGGAUGCUUUUUGGAAGGAUGAGGACAAACACGUCAUGAGGAAGGAGCAGAGGAAGGAAGAGCGGGAGAAGCGGCGUCUGGAGCAGCUCGAACGCAAGAAGGAGCUGCAGCGGCUCCUGGAAGAGGAGGAUUCCAAGCUCAAAGGGAAAGCUCCCAAACAAGGAAAUCCGGGGAAAGUCACCAGGGCCCAGAUUGAGGAGAGCAUCCGGAAAGAGCAGCAGCAGAAGGAGACCACCGAUGCAGUGGAGAAGGAGAAAUCCCACCUGGAAUUGCCCCUGGAGGAGAACCUCAACCGGAGAGUGCUGGAGGAGGGCUCAGUGGAGGCCAGGACCAUUGAGGACGCCAUCGCUGUCCUCAGCGUGUCCCAGGACGCGGAGCGGCACCCGGAGCGCCGGAUGAAAGCCGCCUUUGCGGCCUUCGAGGAGCUGCACCUGCCCCGCCUGAAGCACGAGAAUCCCAACAUGCGCCUGUCCCAGCUCAAGCAGCUCCUCAAAAAAGAGUGGAUGAAGUCCCCAGAGAAUCCCAUGAACCAGAGGCACAAGGCUUAUAACAGCCAAAAGUAGGACUGGAGCUGCUCCUUCCCACUCCAGACUGGGAUUCUCCUGGAAAAUGGGAAACUAUGGGAAAAUUCUGCUCCUCAGGUUUCCCUUCCCUGUCCCURCAUUUUCCGAAGAUUUCAGACAAGCUCAAGGCCAGCGUCCCUGCCUGGGGGGUCGGACUAAUGCCACCCUCACCUUCCCAAAAGCCAGGUGUUCCCAGACAAAAGCAGUUCCUGACUUGCUUCAGGCAGCCCCAGGAGCCUGCAAAGCUGUCCCCGCRUUGGAAUUCCAGAGCCAUCACGUGCCUGGCCUCGGUUCCCAGAGUGUCAUCCUUGGUGUCCCUUAAGAGAUUCCCGGCUGGCAUUGCUGUUCCAGCUGCAUCUCUGCUCUUCAUCUCCAUCCAAACAGGAGCAGGAGGGUUAUGAAGAGAGAAAAUUCCCUUCCCCCAGGGAGGAAUGGGAAAAGCCCCACCCCCACCUGAUUCCCAUCUUCUCCGGGGGGCACUGGGGACAGGCAUCUCCAGGUGACAUUCCCAGUGUCCCCUGGCACAGGAGGUUUCCAGGAGGGGCUGGAGCCCCAAAUCACCUGGAGAAGGGAAGCUCCUACUUUACUCAAUUCCAUUUUCCCCUCCCUGAUUCCAGGGUCAGGCUGGGAGGUGCCGUGGGAGCCUUGGGAAGGGGAGGUGACACCAACUGUGACACCAACUGUGCCACCAACUGUGCCACCUCUGAUCCUCAGGAGGAGAGGGAUGAGCUCCCUUGGGAAUGCUGUGUGAGCUUCCUGAGCUCCUCCGGAAAUGCUGGAAUCCUUGGGAAUGGAAUCCUACCCUCCCAUCCAGCAGCUCCCCAGCCUUUCCCUUUUUCUUUUCCCAUCCUUUGGGAAGGAAAUGCCUUCCAAAGAAUAGGUUUCAUCCUGCCCUGAGGGUACUGCGGUGCUUCUCAAAACUCAUGGCACACUCCUGGCCCCAAAUCCCGUGGGUUUGAUUCAGGCUCAUCCCUUGGAGUGACACUUCCAAGCCCACACCUUCAUUUUGCAGCCCCCCUCAGCACCCCCCGGGCUGGUCCUUGUCCCUCCAGCAUUCCUAAGUCCAGCUAGGGAUGAAUGACCCCCCACCCCAGCUCAGGUCCCCUUUCUGCGAGAGUUGGAUGUGUUUGAAUCAAAUUAAAAUUUAAAAAAACACCACAAAUUC